CCUAGUGAGGCACAAGGCGAGCGAUUGCCAGGGAGGAGUUGCGGAGAGGAAGUGCCUGCCUCACCUCCCUGGACAGCCUGCGGGUUGCCGCCUAGCAGUCAGAGGUUUGGGAGGCACUGGUACUUCCUCUGGUGAUGUGCUGGUGCAUAGAUAUACCGGAGGACCACGUUGCAUGACGCUCCGAAGGCUGCCAGACGUGCUCCGGAGGAUGUAUGGAGACUCGCCUUCAUGGAGCUGCUCGAGGUUUUCUUUGCUUCCUGUUGCCAAGAAAUGCUAUGGUUGACAUCAGACCCAGUGUAAUCAUCUUUUCUCAUUCAAGGCAUUCAUUGUGAAAGCGAUUUAGUUUUAUCACUUGAAGGGCACAGACUCUCAUCUGAAAUGCUGAAAAGAAAAUUACGUCACUGCCAAAGGAAUAGAGUGAACCUUCUGCUUUUCGCCGCUCUCAUGAUAGCAACCAUAACAGUGGUGAAAAAUCACCACAAAUCGUUUUUUAGCGGUAGCGGCCGCAACUUGGAGUUGACUAGGGAGGACGGUCAUGUGAACUGCACCAAAAUUCUGCACGGCGAUAUCGAAGAGAUCCAGAAUGCCAAACUAGAUUUGUUAACCGUUGAUUACAAAAAACGGCAUCAACGGCUGACGGAAAAUGACUACAUUAAUAUGACAAAAGACUGUGACUCUUUUACCAAAGAUCGGAAAUAUAUUCUUUUUCCUCUAAGCAAGGAAGAGAAUGACUUCCCUAUUGCUUAUUCGAUAGUCGCUCACCAUAAGAUUGACAUGCUAGAGAGACUCUUGCGUUCCAUAUAUAUGCCCCAAAAUUAUUACUGCAUUCAUGUUGACCAAAAAUCCCCUCAAUCUUUUAAGGCAGCAGUUGAGGCACUUGCAGCCUGUUUUGAUAAUGUCUUUAUUGCCAGCCAGUUGGAGACGGUGGUAUAUGCAUCAUGGUCUCGCGUUCAGGCCGAUCUCAACUGCAUGAAGGACCUACAUGCUCUUGGCGGACAGUGGAAAUACUUAAUCAACCUCUGUGGUAUGGACUUUCCUAUUAAAACCAACAGAGAAACUGUGGAGGCGUUAAAAGCUUUAAAGGGUGCCAACAGCCUUGAAACCGAAAAGAUGCCGCCACACAAGGAAGUACGGUGGAGGAAACAUUAUGAGAUCAUGGAUGGUGCCAUCCGCAAAACUGAAACCGACAAAAAGGCACCGCCGUUACAAGUUCCGAUUUUUUCCGGUAGUGCUUAUUUUGUUGUCAGUAGAGCGUUUGUGAGCUAUGUUUUGAGAAAUGAGAAAAUUCAGGCGUUUUUGGAAUGGUCUAAAGACACCUACAGUCCAGAUGAAUACUUAUGGGCUACUCUACAGAGAAUUCCAGAAGUGCCAGGUUCUGUGCCAGCUAACGGCAAAUAUGACAUUUCCGAUAUGAACGCGAUUGCUAGGUUUGUAAAAUGGCAGUACUUGGAAGGGGAAGUGUCAAAGGGAGCACCAUAUCCACCCUGCAGCGGGACGCAUGUUCGUGCCGUUUGUGUAUUCGGUGCUGGAGACUUGCAGUUAAUGCUGGGAAAACACCAUUUAUUUGCCAAUAAAUUUGACAUCGAUACAGACCCCAUUGCGAUCCAGUGCCUAGAGGAACACUUGAGACACACAGCUCUGCAUCCAGAAAGGGACUUGUAAAUUUUGAGUGGGAAUCCCCAGUGCUUUUCAUGUCCAAAAGUCCUAUUAUACUAAAUUGUGCUGCACUCAAUCUGUGCGUAAAUCUAACAAAGAA